UAGUCACGUCAAGGUUGUGGUGCAGCAGGUGCGCUACUCACAAAGCUGUGGUACUCUGCAUAUCUUAACAUUUAAAAUAGAAACACGAACACUCCUAGACAUGGGUAACUGAAAGGAUGUUCCCUGAGGCAAGAUGUGGAGGCACGCAGCGGCUGCACUCUGCUGAGUACUGGUACUGAUGAUGGUUAUGUUCAGACUUGGGAAUGAAGCGAUCUCUAGAGCAGGAGGGAUGGGAGCCUCCCCAACAACAGGUGGCUCAGAAGCAGCCCAGGACUGAUGCAUCCACAACAGCUGGCCUCCUGCAGCUCAGAAGUGAGGAGACCCAGAAGUGUUCUUCUUCAGGAUCUCUCCCUCACACUUCAGCUACCAUAGUACCUCCUGCAGACUCUGAGGCUCACUCAGAUCCUUCUUGCUUAUUAAAAGCAGGGAAAGCAAGUGUCAGUUUGCCAUUGAAAGUGGAUAUUGCAUCUGAAUCAGUUACUUCUUCACCUGCAGCUGUAACAUGCUCUGAGGCAGCUCUUUCUCAGGCAGCUAACAAUUUAAGGGCAAGUACAGCUCAAAGUGAGGGUGUUAAUGUUUUCGAUUCAAUUAACUCUGCUACGUCAGUUACCACUGUCCCACUACUUCCUGAUGCAAUAGCAGAAAUUCAGCAAAAGGACACAGAAUUUACUACCGCCAACUCAGCAGAGUUCACGGCAACUACUAAAGCUGACCACGUGUCACCACUGGUGUCUGCUGUAACUACCUUAACACAGGAAUCUGUAUUAACUUCAGCACAAUCUGCUCAUCAAACUGAAACUCAGGUAACAUUAGCAAGUACUUCAAGCUCUCAGGAGUCAGCACCCAUUGUGUCAUAUUCUCCAGUGGCCACAGAAGGUGCUGCUUUACCUACAACAACUUUCAUAACAGCAGCAGCUGUUCGCAUAACAGCCACCACAUCAUCACUGUGCACAGUAACUACUACUCAGUCAGUAGCAUCUAUAGCAUCUAUCCUGCUUACCACUUCUGUCACAUCAACAACACCCACAGCAGCUACUACAUCACCUCUGGCAUCUACAUCAGCAGAGGCAGCAUUUAUAGCAAGUACCAAAGUAAUAGCUGUGAACUCAUCUGGCGAGACAAGGGUGGUAUCUCCUGCCUCAACAGAUGCAGAAGCACAUCCUCCCAUAUAUUCAUCAGGAGAUACAGUUCAACAUGAGGCAACACCUCUGGGGACCACUUCAGAAAUAUGUGAAGAGAAUAUUGAAAAUAGCUCCAGAGAUGAUCAACCAGCCACUGGUUUCAGAAAUGGUCCUAUAUCACCGGUAACAGCAUCCUCCUCCUCAUCAACAGAUACACCAGGCACUACUGCUUCUUGUAAUGCAAGUGCCUUGGACACAUCUGCACCUGCUGCAGUACCAUGCUCUUCCUCAUUUAGUAUGUCAUCACCUUUAUUGUCACAGUCAACUGCAACCAAAUCCAUCUUCCAGGUCUGGGUUUUCCAUCCCACUCUCAUCUACCUCUGCUACUACAUCACAGCCCUCUCCCUCUGCUGCUCUUCCUUCCAGUUCUCUGAGACCUCGUGCCCUCUCUUCAGAUUCUUCUUCAGACUCUUCCACAGACUCCAUAGGUGUGGUGCCAGCAGGAGAUGGCUCCACCCACCAUACUCUAGGACUUUCCACACCUUCCACCUCUGUGUUCCCUUCAUUACUAUCUGAAUCUGGUGGCCUCACCCUUCAGGAAGGUCUCCCAUCAGCAUCCAGUUUGCUUACUGGUUCACUAGACUCACUCCCUCUUGAUGAGUUUGUUGAGAUGCCUCAGGAGACUCCAGAGUCAUCCUCACAGUUGCCACCACCAUCUUCAGCCAGUCUGCAACUGCCUAGUGCUGCAGUGCCUGAAGGGGAGUCAGAUUGUCCAGUGCAGAGUCCCUCCCAGCAGGACAUAACACAUAGGCUUGAGAAUACAGCACAAGGAACAUUUGGUUCCUUGCUUACUUCUGCACCUCUUACAACUGAUGAGGAGGAUACUAUGGAAAUGCAUUUCAUUAGUAGAGAUGAAGAGCGCAAGGGAAAAAGAGAAAAAAAUUCUCCAGUCAGGGAAAGUACCACCUGCUGGGUCUGCCGUGCCCAAGGGUCAGUUACGACAUGCAGGCCCAUACCUGCUGGGUCCAAGACUUGGCACUUCACCUGUGUGCUCCAUUGUCCAGUGUUUGGCUCGCAAACGGAACACAGAAAGUUUCUACACUCUCAAGAUUCUGACAGUGCGAGAGGUUGGGGAGGAGAGUCCAAGAUGAUAGGCAAGGCAAGAUGCUACUUCACACAGAGCAUUCCCUUGCUGUCCCUGCUUUCAGGCCAGCAUGGAGUGAUACAGCACCAUGGUCUCUUUCAGGACUAUGCCUUUGGUGUGCGUGAGCAGGGUGGCAGCAACAGCAGCGGCAGCAGCAGUGGAAGUGGUCGUAGUGGUGGGUUGGUAUCGACUGGGAACCUUGUGAGGCGAGUGUGUUUGGUGCUGGACUGUGUCACACCCCAAGACUACUGCCCGCACACUGCUGACUUAAUUAACCUGCAACAUUAUGUCAUCACCAAGAAGAAGCUGGUGGAGAGACAUGCCCUCACUAUCUUUUACAACAUUGUCUCUGUUGUGCUCAGUCUGCAUGAGCAAAAUGUGGUGCACCGUGACUUGAAGCUUGGCAACCUGGUGCUGCACAGAGCCACCCAUGAGAUCAUCAUCACCAACUUCUGCUUAGGCCAACAUCUGCCCUCAGAGAAGGACCGUCUUAGGGACCAGCGUGGUUCCCCUGCAUACAUCUCACCAGAUGUGCUCAGUGGCAAGCCUUACCUUGGGAAGCCAUCAGACAUGUGGGCGCUGGGAGUGGUGCUGUUCACCAUGCUUUAUGGUCACUUCCCAUUCUAUGAUGUCCAGCCCCAGGAGCUCUUCAGGAAGAUAAAAGCUGCCCAGUAUACGCUUCCCAAAGGAGAGAAGAUGGUGAGUGAGGCUACCAAGGAUGUCAUCAGGGGCCUUUUGGUGUUGGAUCCCAACCAACGCUUCACUUGCAAACAAGUGCUUACCAGACUCACCACCAUCGUUUCUGGUCCCAUUGUGGAGAACCCACAGUAUACAAUGUGGACCACAGAUGGGUCAUCUGGGUCCUCAUUCUUCUCCAUGGCAGUGGUAACAGUGGAGGGUCCAGGCACAGCAUCAGUAGUGGUGGAGGAGUUGUUGCAGGUUGUCCCAGAAAUGGAAAAGCUUGAUGAGGAAGCCCAAGAGAGGGAGGUGAAAAAAGUUCAACCUAGCAAAAGGGCUAGUAAGUUGUUGGCCUGUGAAAGUGUUGAACAUUGCUUUAAGAAUGGUAGCAGUGUGUCAGCCAGACAGAAGUCCUCUGUGGAGACAGAGAGUGAGAACCCUGCAAAGUACAACAUUGAUUACUUGUUGAUGCAGCAUGUGAAGCAGAAGAGAGAUGAAGACAACAGUCACAUUGGGAGCAGCAAAACAGCAGGCAACAUUGCCAGCAGUAGUUCAGUCAGCAACAGUAGUAUCAGUAGCAGCAGUGGCACUAGCAACAUUGGUGGCAGCAGCAGCAGCAGCAGGUCUAGUGGUGUGAUCCCAUGCCUCGUUGGAGAUGCCCGACCUCUCACUACAGCCCAGCUCUCCUCCUUCUGGCAUAUUCUCCCACAUUCAUCUCGAAUUGGAGAAGCUGUCAACCCCUGCCCAAAGCCACCACCCCCCACCACCACCUCCACCACCACCCCCACCAUCCACACCGGCACAGCCUCCUCCUGCUCCACCACUGCCACCCUCCCCACCACCACCACCUUCACCCAAUGUUGCAGUAGCAGUCACCCGUAGUAGCAGUGACAGAUUUAGUUCCCUCUUCCCUCCCCAACCUGCUCCUAUAUCCUGCUCCUUUCCCAGCAGUAUCUUGCGUUCUCCAUCAUCAAACACCCGGCCACAGUCGAAUCAGAAUAUCACAGGUCCUAUAUCAUCCCAUGUGUUGUCAUCUCAUCUCCCAGCUUCCAUACCUCCCCACCUUCCUUCUUCCUCACCAAGACUUCGCCCUCCUUCCCAUGCUCUUAUUUCAAACAGCCUCAUCUCAACCUUUGGUGUGUUUCCCAAUCCUGAUCAGCCUUCCAGCUCUCUUGGAAGAGGCCCAUCACCCUCCUUGGGCAGAUGUGGGACUCGGUGGGGCUCAGGGGUGCACAGCCGUAUUGUGCACAACAUUGGUAACCUUCAGCACCGUCCAGGCUCUCCACCCAGCACUCAGGAGUCUUUUCCAGCCUCAGUCUUUUCAGAGGAUGGAGACAACACUCAGCGACCAGAAGACCAUACUAACAAUCCAAUUCCCAGCUCCUCAUCCUCCUCCCCCAGCCUGCCAUCGCAGCUUCCCCGCGGCUCUUUCCGACUUCUGUUGAGACCUAGGAGGGGCCAGGGUGGGCCUUUGAUGACUCAGAAGACCUACCAUCCAUCACGCCGCUAUGAGUAAAUCUUUGAUGUCUUAUCAUUUGUUUAGAUUAACUUGAUUAACUUGAUGUGAUGAAUAAAGUGAGUUCAUUGCCAUGUAAUACAUUACAUUGAUGGAUUACUUUUGCUGUUAUCCAUCUCAUGUAAUUAGUGAUAGUUUUGAAAAGAAGAUUUUUGAGAUGAAGCUUUUUUUUUUGCUCAAUAUUGGGUAUUUUUUUCUAAGAACUACCUCUAUGGGAUGGCCACAAUAGAAGUUUCUGUUGAUUUGUGUCUUUGCAUUCCCUCCAUCCAUAGUCUGUACUCUCAUUAUCCUUUCUUCCUUCACUCUCACAUUCAUCAGCACUCUGUCCUCCCAUUUCAUUAGCUGUCCUCAUGCACCCACCUGUAUCAAUUUUACUCUGUCUUGGUUAUCUAAUUUUCUGUCAUUCUGUCAGUUUAGCCAAAUCAUAUUAUAGUACUGGAUUUAGCUGCUUAACCACCCCCUAUUUCAUUAUUUGCUUUUCAUUCUUAUUUGUUUAGCUGAAUGAAUAUUAAAAAAUAAUACCAAUCUCUAUUCAUUGCAUUUGUUGUGGCUUUCUGCUGUGAUUGUUGGCAUGUACGAUGCUCAGUCCCCUCUUAGGAACACCUUGCAUCACAUGGUUCAGGUUGCCUGUAAUUAUGUCAUUAAUGAAGACUUAACAAAGUGAAAUCAAAAUGAAUAAAUUCACAUUCUAGUGUCAUCUUCAGCAGAAAACUUAUAGAAGGAAAUAGCUUUGGGAAGUAGAGGUCAACUCUUAGUCUGACUAAAUCUUGUUUCUGCUAAUUGUUCAUAUCUGUGUAAUUUAUAUUAUUUAAAACAAGCUCUUUGUUUCAUUGAUCUGUUGUUAGUUUCAAGUAGCUCUUUACAUGAAAUAAAGUUUCUUUUGGUA